CCCCCGGCAGAGCACCACCUCUCACCCCCCAAUUGCUACGACAACUCUCCACUCCUUUCCUUUUUUCCUUCGAUAUCCAACUACAAUGGCCACCAUGUUCCGCGCCACCCCGCGUUUCUACGCCGCCAUGAGGCCCUCCAGCGCCAUGUUCAUGCGCCAGAGCCCGCAAAUGUACAUGAGGCAGACCUUGCGAUUGAGGACCCCCGUCCCCAAGGAGGAGCAGAGCGCUCAUACGAUCUCCCAGCGCCUUCGCACCCUCAAGUCUCUCCCCGCUGAGUUGAUCCCCCUCGGUAUCGUCGUUGCCAUCGCCGUCGGUUUUGCCUGCUUCUCUCUGGGCAAGACGCUCAUCGGUGACAAGACCCUUCGCCUCAAGCGCCAGGGUGCCGACAAAUAGGAGAUUUCGCCCGUUCGAAACAAAUUGCGCCUUGGUAUGCCUUGCGAAAGAGGCGGAAGGUCUUUGGAUGGAUAGAUUGGAGGAGGUCGCGGGGUCUGAUCUGAAAGACCAAAACUGUACAAAGCACUGGUUCAGAUAUUCACAAGAAUCCGACGUUCGGUUUUCCUCAACUUUCCUUUGCGGCUCAUGUUGACUACCUUAUCAAAAAGGCAUCAUCUUCCUUGUUGUCAUUAGGUGGCAUGCUGUCACCACUGUGACCUCGUGCGUGGCAGAAGGUUCAGCACAGUGAGCUGCACCGGCUCUUUCAUUUUCUUCCAUUGCUUCGAGUAUUCAACUGGAACAUAUGCAUUGCUACACUGAUUGUGACUACGGUUCUAACCCCUUUGCUAUCGCCGAGUCUCAUUCCCGAUGCUUCCUGUCUCUGAG